CGGGGCUCGCUCACUUCCGCCUCGACUCCGGCAUGGCUCCGCGCACGCUGCUGCUGCUGCUGCCGCCGCUCCUCUCGUGCGCCAUCCGCGGCUCCACCGAGAACUCCAGCUGGCCAGCUGUGCCUCGCAACUAUACACGAGGGGGGCCCCCAGGCACCGGCCCCAUGCUGCUUCGCUUGUUCUACGUAAUCACCGGGCUCAGCGGCCUGAUCUCGCUCUACUUCCUCAUCCGGGCUUUUAGACUCAAGAAGCCACAGCGGAGGCGGUAUGGGCUUCUGACCAGCACAGAGGAGCACGAGGAGAUGGCCUCUCUGGACAGCGAGGAAGAGACUGUCUUUGAAACCAGGAAUCUGAGAUGAUACUGAGGUGGGGGUGACAGGCUGCGAGGACAAGAGAGGACGCGUGCUCUGUGAGCUCUGAUGUCAGCCAACCUGGAGGGACACUGGGCCAGGACAGACUUGGGGCUCCCUGGAGCUGGACCCACCUGUGCUGCUCUGUCGUCCCGCCUCCCGAAGGGACAGGGCAGCCCUGCGAGGCAGGAUGGACCUUGGGAUCUCGAUGUGCAUCUUCCUGCUGCUUUGGGGACAAUAAACGAAGCAAUGGCUUUGUAGCUGA